UCAAAAACUUCAACAACGUGUUUUCGGCUUAUAUGUAAUUAUAUUUGUUGACGUUAUAUUGUGGAGAUAGAAUAAUUUAACUUUUAAUCUGGAAUCAUGAAAAUAAACGCUAAGAAACCAGUUCCUUCAAUGGAAAAGAAACAAUCAUCUUCCAAACCUAGAUUAUCAAAGGCUAUGAGAAAAAAGAGCAAAGUCUUGACGCCAAAGAAUCAAAAAAACACAGAUGACAAUGGCAAAAACUUUAUUCCCAUACACAAAAAGAGCGGUGUCGUUUACUUCGGGAGAAUUCCUCAUGGAUUUUACGAGCAAGAGAUGCUUAAAUAUUUUUCACAAUUUGGAAAAGUUAAAAAGACUCGAGUAUCACGUUCCAAGAAGACUGGACGCAGCAAAGGAUAUGGAUAUGUUGAAUUUGCAGAUUUUGAUGUGGCAAAGAUUGUUGCUGCGACUAUGAAUAAUUAUCUUAUGGGAAAUCGACUUAUUAAAGCAACUUUGGUUCCUUCUGACAAAAAUUACUUUGCUGGACGCAAUUGGACACAAAAGAAGUAUCCAGGUGUAAUUUCUCGAAAAGAUGAAGUAAAGAAUAAGAAUCGUAGACUUAAGGGAGAUAAAGACGAUACAAGACGACAGAAAAAAAUUGAAAAAUUAAAUAAAAUAAAAGAGCGCUUGCUAGAACAAGGCAUUGAUUUUGAAUUACCUUCUGCAAAUAACUCUCCUAGUAAAGUAGUUGAAGUAGUAUCUGAAAAUUCAUCAAAUAGUGAAGGUCUGAAAACGGAAAGCAGUAACGAAGAAAUGUCUGACGAAAAUAGCUCCAAUGAUGAAUGUGAUGAAUCUGAUUUGGAAAGUUAUGCAAGUUCAGAUGAAGAGUUGGUAGAUGAUGAAGACGAUGACGAUGAUGAUGAUAUGAGUUCUGAGGAGGAAUCAGAUGCCACAGAUGAAGAUGAUGAUGAAGGGGAAAGUGAUCAGGAAAAUGCACAUAAUUUCGUAGCAAUAAAAAAUAAAAAGAAUCAAAUGAAUAAAUUGCCAAGGCAAGAUAUGAAUAAACUUUUGAAGCGAAGAGAAACGGGUGGAAUUACUAAGAAAAGGGUUAACAAUAAACAAAAAUUGAUACCUAACACUGCAUUUACAAAAGCUGCUAAAGAUAUGGUCAAAGCAAAAGGUGCAGUUCUCAAAAAUAAAGCCCAACUGACAAAGAAACACAAGUGAAUUUCUAAUUGAUUCUUUAAUAUAAAAAUUGAAGAAUAAAAUAUUUUAUA